AAAAAAGAAAAAAGAAAAAAGAAAAAGAAGAGAAGCUGGCCAGAAGUCUCAUCACUUUCGUUGGUGGAUCGCAUGCCAUUGUUGACGCCGUCUGGGAGAGGAAAUUAUAAUCGAAUUAUCGAUAAUUAGGCUUAGGAAUAAGCACAAUGACGGCAGGGGAGUCGAUGAACGGCGGGAUCGUCGCCGGAGGGGACGGAGACAUCGAGGGCGGGCAGUUGGUGGAGCUGGUGGAGACGUCCAUGUUGCCUACUGACGCAACAUCUGAUCCUCCUUCCGAUGCCGAGGCUCCCGCAGAUGAUGCUCCGGUUGCCAUUACCGAUGACCAAAUCACUCCAUUAUUGCCCAAAACGGAGAGGCCGAAGAUCAACAUCUUCACUAUCUCGUAUCCUAGGCGAAAGUCUAAUAAGAUUUGGACCUCACAGGAGCAAGUAAUAAGAACAUCAGAAUCCGAUACAUCACCAUUUACGCAGUUUAUAAUAUGGGCAUGGAGUGGAUCAAGGUACUCUGGUCUGGUAUGCAUGGCCAUCUCAUCUGUAAUCUAUUGUACUAUGGAUGUUGUUUCAGAAUUUUUUACAGGUCAAUCAAUUCCUCUUUUUGAGAUGGUGUUUACAAGAUGUACAUUGCUCUUGAUUCUGUCAUUUGUGUGGUUGAAGAGAACUGGACAGCCAAUUUUUGGCCCAAAGAAUGUCAAUACACUUAUGGCUUUAAGAGCUGUGAUUGGAUAUUUCUCAUUAUUAAGUUUCAUUUACUGCAUUCAAAGAUUGCCAUUGUCCCAGGCUAUUGUAUUGAGUUUUACCACUCCAAUCAUGGCUUCAAUUGUUGCUCGAUUUAUAUUGCAUGAAAAGUUGAAAAUCACAGAAAUUGGAGGUCUAGCCACCAGUUUCUUUGGUGUGCUCUUUCUUUUUCAACCAAUGGUCAUCACAAAAGGAGCUGUGCCAAAUGCUGUAGGCAAUAAUGAAUAUCUCCGUGGAAGCCAUCAUAUUUAUGCAGUUUUGGUUGGUCUAUGUUCAUCUAUUUUUGGUGGAGUUAGCUACUGUCUUACAAAGGCAGGAGCCAAGACAACUGAUCAACCAGUGCUCACAGUUUUUGCAUUUGGUCUAUUUGCAAGUCCUGCUGCUGGAAUAUGUACCUUUGCUUUCCAGAACUUUGUACUUCCCAGUUUCUAUUCUCUGCUUCUUAUGAUUGUCCUUGGGGUACUGGCUUUCUUCGCAGAGAUAACUCUAGCAAGAGGGCUUCAGCUUGAGAAAACAAGCAGAGUUGCCAAUGUCCUGUAUCUUGAGGCAGCCCUAUCUCAGUUGUUGAGAAUGGGUACUUCAAGAAUCGCAUCCUUUAGUAGGUUAGUGGGAUGUUCACUAAUUUUAAUUUCAGCAAGUUGCACAAUGUAUUUUGGACAUGAAAGAGAUUGAAGGACAGCAGGCAAGUUCACCUUUGGUGCUACUAAUCAUUGGGUUGAUUCCUGAAGUGAGAUACAGAACUUACGCGAUGCUUGUUUUGGUAGCAUUAAUUUGAUGAAUCUGCUUCUGUACUGUACAUUCUGUCCAAUUUUUGAGUUGUGAAGUGUGUAAAUAUUGAGGCCAAAGUUUAUUUUGUUCAAAACAGCAUCCAUCCAAAGGGAAAAUAAAUUAAAUCAGCAAAUGGCAAACCUACACUGCCGCGUUUUCA